AUGGAGCCCUUUCCUCCUAUCGAUCCGCCGGAGUUCAAAGAUGCCUUUUUGGGCCCGCAAGUUCAAAUCAAUGAAUUGCCAGCCUCCAACUCAAUGUCUAGUGGAGUGCCCCAGGAUCCAAUCUCGAAUCUUCGCCAUGCCAAUACCGUAGCCCAGGGCAGCAACGUUAAGCGGAACCUAGAGUUGAAGGCAGCACGCGAGAAAACAGCAACUGAGAUAAACGCCAAGGAUAGCCAUGAGCUUCUACGAUCUCAAACACACCUUGGCCCACUAGAGGCACGUUCACCCGGAAGGAAGGUCGGCCAUUUCACCGUAAGAAGUGUCGGCCAAAAUGGCCAAAUAUUUCUCAGGCCGAUUGCCAAUCCGUCCCAGAAAAUCCCACAGCCUGCAUCCUUCUCUUCGGUUGAUACCGCGAAACCCAGUCUCCUUCAGCCGCAGAGCCAUGCACAUACCCGCAAGGCCCCAGAUCCAUCCAGGUGGUCGAGCUCGCAGCUCUCUGAAUUACGUCCGCGCCAACAACCCGAAGAUUUCGAGUCUGUCCUCAUUGUGCCUCCUCCUCCCGAACUCUUGAGCCAGCACCGCAUGAGACCGAUAUCGUUCUCGACCGUAUCGGAGCAGCAAUCGAUAGCCGAUGCAGGGAAGCGUGGGGAGCUGCGCAUCGUGAUCGAUAGAUCUGAAGACCGCCCCAAGUCUGCAUAUGAGAACUCGACACCAACCUUGGAGGUUCCUAGUCUGCGGUAUCGGCUCGGGUCGCCGCGAUUCAACGUCGAAGGUAGCGCACUGAUGCAGAGUCCUGCCUAUACGCGAAACUCGAUGUCGGACAACUUUCGGAAUUCAACACUGCUUGGGGGUGUGACUGACCUCCUGCCGGUACUUCACGGUCCAUAUCCUCGAGACUCUUUCUCGCGGCAUCGGCCAUCUUUUGCAAUUUCGAUGUUCUCGGGGACUGCAGCGGCUAUGGAUAUGAACCGAGCUUCACCGGCUCUGAGGAAUUCCAUGGUCUAUGAAUUGAAAGAGCCGGUUGAGCCAUCUAUCUAUGAGACGAUGGUGCAUGAUAUGGAUGAUGGUUCUGUUGUCCGAUACAUAGCUGGGACAAAGGAUAUUAGUGCUGCCACGCCUGCUCGAAUUGUUGCGCAGAUCUCCUCCGAGUCAUUCAUGGACUACGAACUAGUAUCGGACUUCUUCCUUACCUUUCGUUCAUACCUAUCCACCACACACCUUUUGGCUCUUCUUCUUGCGCGGUUAAAGUGGGCAAUCAACCGGCUACAAGAUGAUGGACGCAUUAUUAGGAUUCGCACUUUUGCGGCUUUGCGACAUUGGAUUCUCAAUUACUUCGUUGAUGACUUUGUUACAAACUACGAGCUUCGAACCCACUUCUGUGAGACCAUCAACAAGCUAUAUUCAGAGGUCCGGUCUCGACAAAAUGGCGGCUCGAGUGAUCGAAAGAUUCUCAUUGACUUGAAGCGUUGCUGGAACGGCAAAUGUUCGGUUUACUGGGCUUCCCCCGACUUGUCUCGCGCCUGUAACGACCCAGAAAUCCCUAUUGUGCCUGGAGAUGCCCAGAUUGAGUUGCCCAAAGCCGAGGAACUGCAGCAGAACGUCCCCAUUUAUGGCAUCACGCCUCGUACCGACUCCACCGUUCGCGAAAGUCUUGCUUUCCCCAUACAGCAUGAUCGAACUGACUCUGCAGCAACUGCGCAAAGCAUUCCACUCUCUGCUAAAAGCGAACAAAGCUUGAUGGCGCUCUCGUGUUCAUUACGACCUAAAUCCCCCAGGCGCUUGUCCUUGUCUGCAUCGAAAGACAAGGCGCCUCGCCCUGUGGUAUUGGGUCUCACAAAUUCCAAGUCCCCGUCUAGGGCUCAUGAACCACCCAGGUCACCCGUGUCUCCCAUGGUCUCGCGGCGCCCAUACCACAGCCAUAGCCAUAAACGAAGCGGGAGCUUCUCAGACUCGGUGCGAGAGGAUCGACCGCCGAUAUUCGUGAUGGAGCCCGAAACGGGACCUGCACCACAGAAGAUGUUCGAUCUGAUCAGUUUGAUACGGGGACAAAUGUAUCCUCCUGCGGAUUCGUUCAUGACAACGAUGGUACCGGAAUCACCGCUCCUUCUUCCGCCGUUGAAACCCCCAAAUCCGGAUCGUCGGAGUACACCGAACGUGCCCAAGUUGUCACCUAACUCGGGCAUGAAAACAAUCAUUGGCUCAAUCAAGCGAGCAUUGCACACGAGGAACGGUGGGCAGAGUAUCUCUGCUCUCAUUACGACUUCCCACGAAGCUAUUUCGUUGCCUUCCCGCGGGAAGACUUCUGCAAUGCCAAUCGGACUUGCUUUUGGCUCUGAGCUCUAUCGGGAGAGGAAAAUGGCUGCUGUCCCAAAACAUCCAGGUCGUAUUGAUAUACUGUGCGAUGAGGUCCUCAAACAAUACCGCUUGGCCAUGAACCAGGAAGGGAUGAAAGACCGAAGCCAGCCUUCAGCUGCCUCUGACUUUCAUCAAGCGACCCUGCAGGAGCCUUCAUCCAACGUUUCUAAUCUUUUCCCGACGCAUCCCCCCAACUCAGAUCCCAAAUUUCGGAGCGGUAUCACUAUGGGCAGCGAAUCAAUCAUCAUUGUCGAUGAUACUGGGUUCGAAAUGCCUUCUUUGUCAGGGUCAGCACAGGAACCAAUGCCAAUUGUCGAUGAUGAUGCUCAUGAAGCGCUGGAACUCGAAGUGCCCGAUGACGCCUCAACGCAAUCGAUCCCCUCGGGGGGAGAAUACCUUCGACCGAUGUGCUACAAGGCCGACGAAUCUGCUGCUCAUUCUAACGUAUCCUACCCCAUUCGCCCUCUCAUGCCGCAAAGAUCGUCUUCGGCUGAAGGCGGAUCGACGCCUAUCAAAAAGAUGAAGAACUCUUUUUCUCUGCGGCUCAGAAAGUACGCGUCUUUCCAAAGUGGAGUCUCAAGACAGCGGCUUUCGAUGAGCAGCGAGACGACUCAAUCGACUGUCGACUCAAAUGCGAUGCAUGAACAGAACACUACACAGUCGGGGCCGGUUCUUCGCAGGCGCCGAGGUGGAAACCUCCGUCAAAUGCAGACUGGAGAUGAACCCGAGCCUCCUUCCUGUCGUGACUCGUUUGCGUCUUGGGAUGACUCAGUUGUGGACGGGACGGCCCUAUCUGAUGGCACUGCCUCAAGACCUCCUUCAACAUUGAUCCCUCCAAAUCCUCAGUACUCACUGAUUCAGCCACUCGCUUCCCAGCAAACUAGACGUUCCUUUGAGUCAGUCAUCGCGAAGUUUGCACAGAUUCCUGAUGACGACGACGGUGGUAUUGAGUCAACGCUGUUAAAACUGGAGGGAAAGUGGGAUGGGCCACCCAACGCCGUUCGAAACUCCUCGUCUGCACACGCAGAGGGUGUCGAAACGGUCAGGCCUGGGUGGGAUGUUCUUUCCCGUAGGCGACAGACGGACAAGUCCGCGUAUUCCACAGUUGGGGGUCGAUUGGCACCACCUAGAUAUUAUUCAGGUUCUGUCACUGAGUCUGAAGAGUCAUAUGAUUCGAUUCCGCUUCUUGAAAGAGGAUUGACUGACGAGUCCAUGAAAUGGCAGUCUACAAGCCAGCCAAUCCAACCUGGCCCGCACGGUGCUCCACUCACCCUCGUAUCAAGCUAUGAAACUUCGGAACUUGCCUCACCGCACCCCUCAAUUCAAAUUGUGCACAAAACCGACAGCAUGCGUCUCAUUCCUCGUGGAGCAACCACCCCGGCCUCGGCCAUUUACGAUGUUGGUCAGGUUACUCCGAAGCGCUUCUCAGCUCUGUCUUCUGAGCUGUCCGUCGACCUGAUUGAUCCGCAUGAAGCUAUAGGUGCAAGAUUUUCGACAGACACGCUCAGCCUCGGUUCGUCAACCGUUGGGAUCCCAUCUCAUCCUCUAGCGCAACCUCCCUCCCCACCGAUGACCAUCCAACAUCCGGGAUCUUUUACUUCAUACCCUUCGCCGUUGAAUACGGUCCUGUUCCAGGCCCAGCCCCUUACGCCCGACACAUCCCCGCGACACAAAGAAGUUAGCAACUCUGCUUCGCGUCCUCUAAACAUACAGCAGGUUUCGAGUGACGUGUUAUCCAAUUCGGAAAACCAUCGUCCCGAUCCAACCCCCGUUGUCACCUUUUUACCCGACCAUGUCCCCUUUAUCUUAGCAUGUGAAUCUCAAGUCCUCGCACAACAACUGACAUUAAUCGAAAUGGCUGCCCUGAGCGAAGUUGACUGGCGAGAUCUGGUCGAAAUGAAAUGGAGCAGUGCCUGCCCAUUAGUAACAAACUGGGUCCAGUUCCUGACACAGGAGGAACGAAAGGGUAUCGAUUUGGUCGUGGGCCGCUUCAACCUUAUGGUCAAAUGGAUCUUGUCGGAGAUUGUCUUGACCCGUGACAUCAACGAGCGGGCCCGCACAAUCAUCAAGUAUAUCCAUACAGCUGCGCAUGCCCGCCGCAUCUGCAAUUAUGCCACGAUGCUUCAGAUCGCCAUUGCUUUGUCUUCGUCUGAUUGCUCCCGACUGCAGCGUACGUGGCAGCUGAUUUCAAGUGGGGAUAAGCGGCUGUUCAAGGACAUGGAGUGCCUAAUUCAGCCGGUGCGCAAUUUUAAUGAUUUGCGUGUCGAGAUGGAAACGGCCAACUUGCAGGAAGGCUGUAUUCCCUUCAUCGGUGAGUUUCAAAACUGGUUGCUUGAAUGCCACCCUAGAUCUUGUUUGCUGAUUCCUCUUUACUUCGUUCCAGGUCUAUACGUCCACGACCUCACUUAUAAUGCACAGAAACCCGCACAAGUUAAUAACACCAAUGGCGGUUUACUUGUUAACUUCGAGCGCUAUCGCACCGCGGCACGAAUCGUUAAGAGCCUCCUCCGUCUCAUUGACGCUAGUACAGAAUACAAGUUUGUGCCCGUGCAGGGCAUCAUCGAACGGUGCCUGUGGAUUGCUUGUCUCCCCGAGGAAGAAAUUCAAUCCCGCAGCAAAGCACUUGAAUAA